AUGUCUCACAGAAAAUACGAAGCCCCAAGACACGGAUCUCUUGGAUUCUUACCACGUAAGAGAGCUGCUAAGCAAAGAGGAAGAGUCAAGUCCUUCCCCAAGGAUGUCAAAUCCAAGCCAGUUGCCUUGACUGCCUUUUUAGGAUACAAGGCUGGUAUGACCACGAUUGUCAGAGACUUGGACAGACCAGGUUCCAAGAUGCACAAGAGGGAAGUUGUCGAAGCUGCCACUGUUGUCGACACUCCUCCAUUGGUGAUUGUUGGUGUUGUUGGUUACGUUGAGACACCAAGAGGCUUGAGAUCGUUGACUACUGUCUGGGCCGAGCACUUGAGUGAAGAAAUCAAGAGAAGAUUCUACAAGAACUGGUACAAGAGCAAGAAGAAGGCUUUCACCAAAUACAGCGGUAAGUACGCUAGCGACGCUAAGCAAGUUGAGACUGAGUUGGCUAGAAUCACCAAGUAUGCUUCAGUUGUCAGAGUGCUUGCUCACACUCAAAUCAAAAAGACCCCCUUGAGCCAAAAGAAGGCCCACUUGGCUGAAAUCCAAAUCAACGGUGGUUCAAUUGAAGACAAGGUCAACUGGGCUAAGGAACAUUUUGAAAAGGAAGUUUCCGUUGACUCUGUCUUUGAACAAAAUGAAAUGAUUGACGUUGUUGCCGUCACCAAAGGUCACGGUUUCGAAGGUGUCACCCACAGAUGGGGAACCAAGAAGCUUCCAAGAAAGACCCACAGAGGUUUGAGAAAAGUUGCUUGUAUUGGUGCUUGGCAUCCAGCCAACGUUAACUGGACCGUUGCUCGUGCCGGUCAAAACGGUUACCACCACAGAACCUCCAUCAACCACAAGGUUUACCGUGUCGGUAAAGGUGGCGAUGAGUCCAACGGUGCUACCGAGUUUGACAGAACCACCAAGACCAUCAACCCAAUGGGUGGAUUUGUCAGAUAUGGUUUGGUCAACAAUGACUUUGUCUUGUUGAAGGGUUCUAUCCCAGGUGUCAAGAAGAGAAUUGUUACUUUGAGAAAGUCCUUGUACACUGACACUUCUAGAAGAGCUUUGGAACAAGUCAACUUGAAAUGGAUUGACACUGCUUCCAGAUUCGGUAAGGGUAGAUUCCAGACCCCAGCUGAAAAGCACGCUUUCUUGGGUACUUUGAAGAAGGACUUGGAAAACUAA